AACUGUUGUUUACUGACUACGUGAAGAAUUUCGCACUCUAACUUUUGUUUUGCUACGACGUACUAAAUUUGAAUUUCCAACGAAGGUAUGCGCUCCUAGAAUCAACAGGUUGGUGCGAAGGCUGAAAGCUCUGAAAUGAUUUGUUCGAACGGUUGAGAACAUGUACAGAGGAUAUUUUUUCGUACUGUUUGCUACUCUUGGAUUCACGAUUGUUCUGGUUGUGUAUGCUAUUGUAAAGCUCUCAUGGAUCGCAGGAUAUGGCUCUGGAAUAUUUAUAACCUACCAAUUGUUUAUAUUCUGCCUCGUACCAACAGUUCUUGAAAUUAAGAAAGAAGAGCUCCAACGAGAAAUCUACAACAUUUCCUGGUACGAGUGGUCACGUCAAAAUCGUAAAUCGCUCCAACUGAUGCUGCAAACUGCCCAGCAGCCCAACUGUCUAUCGCUGAUCUUCUGCCCGCUGAACAUGCCCACCUUUGUGGAAGCGAUGAGAAUAAUCUACACAAUUUUGACGCUGCUGCUGACUUUCAGGAGUGGUGGCAAUUCACGCGAAAAUGUCAGUCUACAGGUGUCGGGUGGAAUGAGAAAGCUUGACAAUCGCAAGCAUAAUUAAGAAUGGUUUAAAGAUUUUUCAAUUAAUUUUGGACAAAAAGUGUCGUUUUUAUUUUCAUUAAGCAAACAAAGUAUAAAUUUCCAACAAGACAAGCGAAACUUAACUAACAAAUCAUGGAU